UGGGAGCUGUGAGGCGGAGCCGUCUCUUUUAGAUGGGACCCUGAUUUUAUUUAUGUAUUUCACACUUUAUUUCAGCAGCCGUUGUUUCGACCUUCAGGAUUAGUUGGGGUGGAUGGGGCUGUAGGGAAUUCAUGGGAAAGGUGCUUCCAACUUUGUGUCACUUGUCGGUGUGCGGAAGGGGUUUCCAAUAAUUAUCUGCAGGAUUCGCCAUGACACCAGCUCUAAGGGAGGCAGCAGCAAAGGGUAUCUGCUUUUCAUCUUUGCCAAGUACCAUGGAUUCUGACAAGCUGCUAUGCAUGGAAAGUCCAAGAACUGUAGAUGAAAAGCUAAAGGGAGAUACUUUCUCUCAGAUGCUGGGAUUUCCAACUCCUGAACCUACUCUUAACACUAAUUUUGUGAAUUUAAAACAUUUUGGCUCCCCUCAGUCUUCAAAACAUUAUCAGACAGUACUUUUAAUGAGUUCUAAUUCUACAUUAAAUAAAUACAAUGAGAAUUACAAACAAAAGAAACUAGGGGAACCCAAUUGCAAUAAGCUGAAAAAUAUACUGUGUAAUGGCAGCAACAUUCAGCUCAGUAAAAUAUGUCAUUCUCAUUCUGAAGAGUUCAUCAAAAAAGAGCCUUUGUCAGAUACCACAAGCCAGUGUACAGAUGUACAGAUUAUUUUGGAUUCAAAUAUAACCAAAGACACUAAUGUAGAUAAAGUACAAUUGCAAAAAUGUAAAUGGUACCAAAAGAAUACACUUUUGGAUAAAGUUACUGAUGCUGAGAUUAAAAAGAAUUUAUUGCACUGUGCUCAAAAGAAAAUUUGGCCUGGCCACUCAGAUUUGCCUACUAGUUCCUCAACUGCUGAAAAACAGGAGGAAGUGAAUGCUCGUUUGCUUCAUUGUGUAAGCAAACAGAAAAUUUUACUUAGCCAGGCUAGAAGAACUCAGAAACAUUUGCAGAUGCUUCUGGCAAAGCAUGUCGUUAAGCAUUAUGGUCAGCAAAUGAAAUUUUCUAUGAAACAACAACUCCCCAAAAUGAAGAUCUGUCAUGAACCUACCACAAUUUUGGAUAAUAGUUUACCUAAAUGCACUGAAAUUAAGCCAGAAGUCAACAUAUUGACUACAGAAAAUAAAUUGUGGAAUGAUACAAAAAAUGGCUUUGCACGGUGUACAGCUGCAGAAAUCCAAAGAUUUGCACUGUCUGCUACAGGGCUGUUGUCUCAUGUUGAAGAGGGUCUCGAUUCUGAUGCAACUGAUAGCAGCUCUGAUGACGAUUCGGAUGAAUAUGCCAUUAGAAAAAAUGUGGCAGUUAACUGUAGUACUGAAUGGAAGUGGCUUGAAGACAGAGCAAGAGUUGGCAGCCGAUGGACAUGGCUUCAAGCCCAGAUUUCAGAGCUGGAAUACAAAAUUCAACAACUAACAGAUGUUCACAGGCAAAUUCGUGCCUCCAAGGGAAUAGUGAUCCUAGAAGAAUGUCAACUUCCAAAAGACAUUUUGAAAAAACAAAUACAAUUUGCAGACCAAGCAGCUUCAGUAAACACUACAGGGAAUCUUCAGAUUCCCCAAGAAAGUCAAGAUCCUUUACCAGAACAAGAUUUUGAAAUGUCACCAAGUAGCCCUACACUACUACUUCGCAACAUAGAAAAACAGAGUGCACAGUUGACCGAGAUCAUCAACAGCUUGAUUGCCCCUCUGAAUUUGUCCCCAACUUCAUCACCCCUCUCUUCCAAAUCCUGUACCCACAAAUGCCUGGCGAAUGGCAUUUCCAGGAGUGCUUCAGAGAAUUUAGAUGAGCUCUCUUCCUCCAGUAGCUGGUUACUUAACCAGAAGCACAGUAAGAAAAGGAGAAAAGACAGGACAAGAUUGAAAUCUCCAUCCUUGACUAUUAUGAGUACAGCAGCUCGAACGAGGCCACUUCACAGUUUCCACAAGCGAAAGCUCUACAGAUUGAGCCCCACUUUUUAUUGGACUCCACAGACUUUGCCUUCAAAAGAAACAUCUUUAAAUACUACACAGUUACCCUGCCUACGAUCACCUUCAACUUGGAGUCACUGUGAACAUAAUUCAAAGUCUCAGAUGUUAAAAGAACAUGUAUCAGAAUUAGAUUCUUCUUUCCAUUCUAUCUUAUCAUUGCCAUCAGAUGUGCCUCUUCAUUUUCACUUUGAAACGUUAUUUAAAAAGGCUGAAAUAAAAGGCAAUCUUGCUGAAAAUAAAUGUGUGAGAGACUGUAUCAUAUCUCCAUCACCUGUACAUAACACUCUGAAUCAAUGGAGAAAUGGAUAUUCUCCUACAUGCAAGUCUCAAAUAAGGUCAGAAUCUUCUGCACAGCUGUUACAGGGAAGAAAGAAAAGACAUUUGAGUGAAACAGCAUUAGGAGAAAGAACUAGAUUUGAAGAAUUUGGUUUUCAACGCACUGAACCAGGGUCCCAUAGCAAUUGCACUGCUGUUACCAAUGUCAGUGUUUUAUCACGAACCCAAAAUUCAUCAUCACAAUCUACAGCACGACGAAGACUGAGAAGCGAGAGCUCCUAUGAUAUAGAUAAUAUUGUGAUUCCUAUGUCAUUAGUGGCCCCAGCUAAGUUAGAGAAACUCCAAUACAAGGAAAUACUUACUCCAAGCUGGAGGAUGGUUGUUCUUCAGCCUCUGGAUGAAUAUAAUUUAGGAGAAGAGGAGAUAGAAGAUCUUUCUGAUGAAGUCUUUUCCCUAAGACAUAAAAAGUACGAAGAGAGAGAGCAAGCCAGGUGGUCACUAUGGGAGCAAAGCAAAUGGCACAGAAGAAACAGCAGAACGUUCACUAAAAAUGUGGAAGUACAGGACUUGCUUGUGAAAGACUACCCAAAUGACUUCAGUGGUGGUCAGCAUUGUGCUGCAGAGAGUCCAGCUGAGCCCUCCCUAGAAAGCCAUGCCCUAAGUGCUCACACUGCUCUUCCACUAAACGAAAGCCAUGAAGCCAAGUCCUUGUGGUGGGAACGACGUGUUUUUCCGCUGAAGGAUGAAGAAACAGAAGCCUUAUUAUGUCAGAAAGAAAAGCAUGAUCAGAUGGAAAGAUCAAGCCCAGCUUUCCAUGGUGAAGUCUUCUGUGCCAGUGUACCAGAGAAUGGCCACCAUCCAAAGAGGCAGGCUGAAGGAAUGGAGUAUAAAACCUUUGGUCUAGGACUUACUCACGUUAAAAAAAAUAGGUGACAGGUAUCAAGUUAAGAACACUAUACAACUGAGUAGAAAACAGGAGGGAAAUAAAAACCUAUUCUCCAUCCCCCACCCACUCCCUUCAGUCACAUUUCCAGAGUAAGAGCAUGACUGCACGUAUUAAUCCCUAUGCUGUUUGUGAAACUGGCAAGGCUUAUUUCUUUUUCCUUGAACAACAGGAAUACUAGUUUCACCUACAGACAAAUGCUAGUCAUUUGUGAUUAUGAUCUAAAUCACAAGCACCCCAAAAAUUAACUACUGCAAUUUGAUAUAAAAUCACAUUACUGGGUAAAUAAUUUUUAAAAGACUUUACACCUCCCCCCCACACACCCAUAUACACAUACCUGGUAGAUCAAAUGACAGCUUUUUUUCUAUAUACAAUAGCCCAUUAAAAUUGCCUCAGAAAAUAUUAGCAUUUACAAAUGUGUGUACAGUGUAUACAUACAUAUACACACAGUUAAAAAAAAAAAAACACUGGUGUGAACCCACUUGAAAAUGUAUGCAUGAACUACCCCAGGAAUGCAAGCUGCAGCAUAAAUAAAGCAGCACAGGUAUCUACU